CUGUGCUCUGCAACGGGAGGGGCCACAACAGAGGGAGGCCCGCAUACCACAAAAAAAAAAAGAAAAAAGAGUGUUCUUCCUAUGUUUUCCUCAUAAAAAUUUAAUUUAUUGUAAAGAUGGCAUUUUAAGCAUCGGUUAUAAAUUACUCAAAUUGAGUUGAAAUAAUUAGCUGUUAAUUUUUUAAAUGGAUAAAUAUAGAGCUUUAUCAGCCACCCUGUACAUAAAUAAAAUCUCAAUGUGUUAAAGGCUGAGUGAAAAAAAUAUGUAACUUUGAAAAUGAUAGGAAAAAAUGUAGAAUAUUUUUUAAAUCUCAGGAAAGGGAGAGGCCUUUCUAAGUAGAACAGGGUAGCCAAUAACCAUAUAAAGGAAGAUAGGAAGAGCUCUAAGGAAGAGAAGGCUUUGAUGACUGGAACUACAUGGCCUCUGCAAACCACGAGGAAAGCUUGGCUGAGAACAGCAGGUCUCCACUUGAGAUAGGCUGGGACAUGGGACCCUUUACCAGAGCACUUGAGCCUGGACAAACUUCCCCUGAAGCAACAGAAUACAAAGAAACUGUAAGGGACUAAAAAUAACUGCACACAUGGCAGUUGGGGCAGUUAUGAACAAUAAGAUACAAAAAAGCCACAGACCAGUUGAGGUGCCAGGAGCAAAAGCAGGGCACUGUGCAUAAUCCCUGUACAAAGCACCACCAAGGCGGUGGGCAGGUUACCUAAGCUGUACCUCCUGCCCAACCCAUGUACCUGCCCCUGUUGUUACCCAUUUUAAGGACCCAAGCAACUCCUCCUGUGGAGUGAGCAUGGGCACCUGACUCUUGUUUUCACCCCAUUAUGCUGCAGCAUUAGACCCAAUAAAGCCUUGCCUCGAAAAAAAUAAACAAAUAAAGGAAAAUAAGAAAUUUAGGCUCCAUAGAAAUCUAGCUAAAUAUAAUGGUGCCAUAGUUAAAAAUGAGUGACAGAUGGGAGGAAACAUUUUCAGUACAGAUAGCAUGUACAUGUCUCAAAAUUACCAAAAUACCAAUGUUUAAUCAAGUCAGUAAAAAUUGUAAACAACUUAAUAGAAAAUAAGCAAAGAAAUUUAAUGCAAAGUAAAUGGCCAGUAAAUAUAUAGAGGCUACACCUCACUAGUUAUCAAGGAAAUCAAGGUGAAGAUUCUUUUCUUCUCAGCUUAGAAAAUUUUUAAAAUAAAAUUCAGUCAUAUGAAGGUAUAGGAAAGUGAAUCCUGUUGUGCACUGUUUGUGGGAGUACAGGCACUAUAUCCUAUUCGGCAGCAUCUAUCAAAUAUUAAAUACAAAUAUUCUUUGGUCCAGUCACUAUUCUAGAGAUUGCUCAUUGACACGAAAGUAGCUUUUUCCUAAUUUUAAUAAUGAAAAUUAUGAAUAACUCAGAUGUAUAUCACCUGAUAAAUGGGUAAACAAAAUGUGAUAUAUCCAUACAAUGACAUUUUAUUGAGCCGUAAAAAGGAUUGAAGUACUGAUAGAUCCUAUAACAUGGGUAAACCUUGCGAACAUAAUGCUUGGUGAAAGAAGCCAGACACAAAAGAAUACAUGUUGCAUGAUUCCAUUUAUAUGAAAUGUCCAGAAUAAGCAAAUCCAUAGAGACAGAAAAUAGAUUAGUGGUAGCUGGGGUAUGAGGGGAAGAAAGAAUGGGGAGUGAUUGGUUUAACAGGUAUGGGCUCCUCUUUUGGGAGAUGAAAAUAUUCUGGAAUUAGAUGGUGGUGAUGGUUGCACAACCUUGUGAAUGCAUUUAAAAUCCGUGUUGCUACACACAAUCUUUCAACUGUAUACCUGAAAAUGGUUAAACUAGUAAAUUUUAUACAUUUUACCACCAUUUUUUUAAACACCAUCAAAUUGUAGACUUUAAAAUGGUGGAUUGUAUGGUAUGUGAAUUAUAUCUCAAUUUUAAAAAGUACAAGCAUACCUCGUUUCAUUGUGCUUUGCAGAUACAUUGUUUUGUUUUUGUUUUGUUUUGUUUUUUACAAAUUGAAGGUUUGUGGCAACCCCGCAUUGUCAAAUGAUGGUUAGCAUUUUUUAGGAAUAAAGUAUUUUUAAUUAAGGUAGGUACAUUGUUGUUUUAGAUGUAAUGCUGUUGCAUACUUAGUAGACUACAGUAUAGUAUAAACAACUUUUAUAAGUACUGGGAAACCGAAAAAUUCGUAUGAUGUGCUUUAUUGCAGUAUUCUCUUUAUUGUGGUGGUCUGGAACCAAACCCGCAAUGUCUCCGAGGUUCAGGACUUCUGGAAAUCUUGUAAUCACUCGUGAGAUUGAUGUGGCAAAAAAUCAGUCCUUUUGGUUCAUCAACAAAAAAUCUACAACUCAGAAAGUAGUAGAAGAGCAGGUUGCAGCCUUAAAUAUUCAAGUGGGCAAUCUUUGCCAGUUUCUACCUCAGGAUAAAGUUGGAGAAUUUGCUAAACUCAGUAAAAUUGAACUCCUUGAAGCUACUGAGAAGUCAAUUGGUCCUCCAGAAAUGCACAAAUACCACUGUGAGCUCAAAAACUUCAGGGAGAAAGAAAAACAACUAGAGACCUCAUGCAAAGAGAAAACUGAAUAUCUAGAGAAGAUGAUUCAGAGGAAUGAAAGAUAUAAACAAGAUGUGGAGAGGUUCUAUGAACGUAAGCGACAUUUAGAUUUGAUUGAGAUGCUUGAAGCAAAAAGGCCAUGGGUGGAAUAUGAAAAUGUUCGUCAGGAAUAUGAAGAAGUAAAACUAGCUCGGGACCAAGCGAAGGAUGAGGUCAGAAAACUUAAAGAAGGGCAGAUUCCUAUAACACGACGCAUUGAAGAAACUGAAAGGCAGCGUCACAAUUUGGAGGCUCGAAUCAGAGAGAAGGCAACAGAUAUUAAGGAGACAUCUCAAAAAUGCAAACAAAAGCAAGAUGUUAUAGAAAGGAAAGAUAAACAUAUUGAGGAGCUUCAGCAGGCUUUAACAGUAAAACAAAAUGAAGAGCAUGAUCGACAGAGGAGAAUAAGUAAUACCCGCAAAAUGAUAGAAGAUUUGCAAAAUGAACUGAAGACCAAAGAAAACUGUGAGAACCUUCAACCCGAAAUUGAUGCCAUUACAAAUGAUCUGAGACGAGUUCAAGAUGAAAAGGCAUUAUGUGAAGGCGAGAUAAUUGAUAAGCGUAGAGAGAGGGAAACUCUAGAGAAGGAGAAGAAGAGUGUGGAUGAUCAUAUUGUACGUUUUGACAAUCUUAUGAAUCAAAAGGAAGAUAAGCUGAGACAGAGAUACCGUGAUACAUAUGAUGCUGUUUUAUGGCUGAGAAAUAACAGAGACAAAUUUAAGCAAAGAGUCUUUGAACCCAUAAUGCUCACAAUCAAUAUGAAAGAUAACAAAAAUGCCAAAUAUAUUGAAAAUCAUAUUCCAUCAAAUGACUUGAGAGCUUUUGUGUUUGAAAGUCAAGAAGAUAUGGAGGUUUUCCUCAAAGAGGUUCGUGACCAUAAAAAAUUAAGAGUGAAUGCUGUUAUUGCUCCUAAGAGUUCAUAUGCAGACAAAGCACCUUCAAGACCAUUGAAUGAACUCAAACAAUAUGGAUUUUUCUCUUACUUGCGAGAGUUAUUUGAUGCACCUGAUCCUGUCAUGAGUUACCUUUGCUGCCAGUAUCACAUUCAUGAAGUUCCUGUAGGAACUGAAAGAACCAGAGAAAGAAUUGAACGGGUAAUACAAGAAACCCGAUUAAAACAAAUUUAUACAGCAGAAGAAAAGUUUGUGAUGAAAACUUCUUUUUAUUCAAACAAAGUUAUUUCUAGUAACACAUCCCUAAAAGUAGCCCAGUUUCUCACAGUCACUGUGGAUCUAGAGCAAAGACGACACUUAGAAGAACAGCUAAAGGAAAUUAAUAGAAAAUUGCAAGCAGUAGAAUCAGGGUUGAUUGCCUUACGUGAGACAAACAAACAUCUAGAACACAAAGAUAAUGAACUUAGACAAAAGAAGAAGGAGCUUCUUGAAAGGAAAACCAAGAAAAGACAACUGGAACAAAAAAUUAGUUCCAAACUAGGAAGUUUAAAGCUGAUGGAACAGGAUACUUGCAACCUUGAAGAGGAAGAACGAAAAGCAAGUACCAAAAUCAAAGAAAUAAAUGUUCAAAAAGCCAAACUUGUUACUGAAUUAACAGAACUGUUAAAGAUUUGUACUUCUUUGCAUAUACAAAAAGUAGAUUUAAUUCUUCACAAUACUACAGUGAUCUCCGAGAAGAACAAAUUAGAAUCAGAUUAUAUGGCUGCUGCAUCACAGCUACGUCUCACAGAGCAACAUUUCAUCGAGUUGGAUGAAAGUAGACAGAGAUUAUUGCAGAAAUGCAAGGAACUUAUGAAGAGAGCCAGGCAAGUAUGUAACCUGGGUGCAGAGCAGACCGUUCCUCAAGAAUAUCAGACACAAGUACCCACCAUUCCAAAUGGACACAACUCCUCACCCCCCAUGGCUUUCCAAGAUCUUCCAAACACCUUGGAUGAAAUUGAUGCUUUAUUAACCGAAGAAAGAUCAAGAGCUUCUUGCUUCACAGGACUGAAUCCUACAGUUGUUGAGGAGUACACAAAAAGAGAAGAAGAAAUAGAGCAAUUAACUGAGGAACUAAAGAUAAAGAAAGUUGAACUGGAUAAAUAUAGGGAAAACAUUUCACAGGUAAAAGAAAGGUGGCUGAAUCCUUUAAAAGAGCUGGUAGAAAAAAUUAAUGAAAAAUUUAGCAAUUUUUUUAGUUCCAUGCAGUGUGCUGGUGAAAUUGAUCUCCAUACAGAAAAUGAGGAAGACUAUGAUAAAUAUGGAAUUCGAAUUAGAGUCAAAUUUCGCAGUAGCACUCAACUGCAUGAAUUAACUCCUCAUCAUCAAAGUGGAGGUGAAAGAAGUGUUUCUACCAUGUUAUACUUGAUGGCACUUCAGGAGCUUAAUAGAUGUCCAUUCAGAGUAGUUGAUGAAAUCAAUCAGGGAAUGGAUCCAAUCAAUGAACGGAGAGUGUUUGAAAUGGUUGUAAAUACUGCUUGUAAAGAAAACACAUCUCAGUACUUCUUUAUUACACCAAAGCUCCUGCAAAAUCUUCCUUAUAAUGAAAAGAUGACGGUGUUAUUUGUCUACAAUGGUCCUCAUAUGCUAGAACCAAACAGAUGGAAUUUAAAGGCUUUCCAAAGGAGGCGGCGCCGUAUUACAUUCACUCAGCCUUCUCAAUAGAAGUAAAGGGCAAGAACUUUGGGACUUUUCUGUUAAAUCUUGUAUACAAGUGUGGCUCAACUGAAUAAAAGUUAGGAGAUUCAUUAAGACUAAAAGAUCAGUUAUUUUUGGAAACCUGCUAUUAGAUACAAAUGGGUCGAUGAAAAGAGACCAUAAUAACUUCUUUCUGUGGAACAUCAUCUGGUAGUAAAAAUUAAGUCUUCUUGAGUCCUUAGCACUCUGACCGUAAGUCAUUGGGUCCCCAUUUUUAAAAGUAUUUGCUACUCAAAUCAAAGGUACAGUGGAAGGGCUUAUCAAUUACAAGAAGUUUAGUUGACAUGGUAACCCUGAGCUUUACUUGCAAAGUAAUUUUAACUACUUUUAGAGUCUAAAGAUGACUCCACAGCUUAAGUCAUAGUUUCUCCCAGUGUUAUAUUUAAUUUUUAAAAUUUGAUAUGGAAAUGUCUAGUCUAAUGUAUAGUAAUAAUUUAUGGCAAAUCUAUUCAUUUCUUCCUAUUAAAAAGAUUACCUUAUCUCCACUAGGAAAUGGAAUUUUAUGAGCCUUUAAAAAAAGUUUUAUGAAACUUGAUACUAUAAUUAUAUUGGUAUCUCAAAGGAGGGAAAAGUAUUGGGGUUCAAAAAUGGUAGCACGACUUCUUUGAAAUGCCACAAGGUGGCCACUAGAUGAUGCAAAAAAUGCAACCAAAAGAUUGACAGAGAGUAAAAUCAAGUGCCAAGGGUUUUUAAAGAAUAACCCUGUAAAAUGUGGGUGAGGUUUUUUGGGUUAUGGUGGUUUUUUCCUUUUUUUAAUUUAAAGUCAUUUGUAUUUUACAUCUUAAAUUUCUAAAGCAUUUUCAUAAUUUUUUUAGUAAGAUUUUUCUUAAUAUUUCUUAUACUGGUUUCUACAAUUUAUAUUUGAAAUUUCUCAGUGUUAUGUAAAGAGUGAGGAAAAGCAUUGAUUUGUUCAAAACCAUAAUGUUUUUAGAAUCUAAGCUUAUAUAGGUCCUAAAACUGUUUUGAUCCUACCCCAUUAUCUUAGAAAAUCUAGUUUAAACUGUUCUUUCAACAUGAAAGAAUUAGAUGAGAAAAUCAUUUGUUUAUCUCUGCGUUAUACUAAUUAACAGUGCCAAAACAAAUUCUGUUCUUUUAAAUAUUGUAAAAUAACGGACUAGAUCAAGGACAUAUCUUUGAACAAUGGACUGGAUCUGUGCCGGUAAUAACAGAAUUAUUUUUUUGACUUGGCAGCUUGACUAAAUUGAAGAAUUGCAGUCAAUUUGGGUUUUGUAUGUUCUUAAAUAGCCACUGAAAUUUAUAUUCUUGUUAGGUCAAAAAAUAAACCUCUUACUUGGACAUUUUCUCUUUAAAAAGCUAUUUUUUUCUUCAUAAAAAUGUAAAAGAGCCUUCCCCUCUUAAACUAAGUCUAAUGCAUAUACUAUGAAAAUAUUUUAAAAUAACAUUUUUACUAGUGCAAACAACUCAUGUAAACCUUGAAAACCUUAGUAACAUAUUAGUAAAUGGAUGUUGUUACCGAAUGUUUUUGUUAUUUAAUGCUUCAUUUUCCACCAAAGUAUCUUUACUAAUAUGUGCUUGGUGUAGUUUGUUUAUUGUCUGAGUUAGUGCCAGUCAUCUUAUUUCUGCAAAAUGAUUAUCAAUGUGAAAAAGAAGUUUGAAGAUUAGGUGUGUUUGAAAAUAAAAUGGUCAACUACCUUUCAGUUUACAUAUGCCAAUAAUUAUUCCAUAGCUUGUUUAUAAGCAUUUCUCUCUUUCUAGUGGACAAAUAUUUGGUUUUACAUUGAAUGUUGAGGUGUGAAGAAUAGUAAGUCUAGCACAUUAGUCUCAGCCACUUGAAGCUUCACAUAUUUUCUGUAAAAGUUGAUUUUAAUUACAUACAAAUUGUAAAAACUUCAAAUAACAGUCGGAUUUGAUGAAUAAAAUAUUUAAAACCCUAAGGUGACAAGCAGGUAUUUUUAAUGACAAAAUCUUCAUUGAUUUGCCUAAGGAGAGAAAUUAAAAGGUUUUUAGCAUUAAGUAAAAGGAAAGAUUUCUUGCUGCUUUCUAAUUGUCUUUUGGACAUGUGCUUAUUUUCUUUGGAGUAUGAAUCUUCAGUGUGUAAAAAAAUGUAAUUUGAGGGAAUUCCCUGGUUGUCCAGUGAUUAGGACUCCACGGUUUCACUCCUGAGGUCCCGGGUUCAAUCCCUGGUUGGGGAAGUAAGAUCUUGUAAGCUGUGCAGUGCAGUGAAAAAAAAAAGUGUAAUUUUGUCCUGCUAUUGUGUGUGUGUGUGUGUGUGUGUAAUGGGAAAAAAACUCGUUGUGGGAAAUGCUACUUUGUUGGUAAUAAAUGCAUAUUUUCAUAUUC